AUGGCGGAACAGCAACCUCAAAGUGCGACUUCCAAGGAGAAUGAGUGGAUGCAAGAUGGAACCGAUGUUCAAGACGAUGGCCGUAUUGAGAUUGACCUAGACUCUAAAGUCGGCCGGGAGAUCUCAAAAUUGAUUCCAUUUCUGGAGUCCAAGCAAGACGUGGAACAGACAGAACCGCUAGUCGGGCCUGAUGGGUGCAGUCUUUGUCUUAACAUCGUCAUCCAAGUGGUUGGGAGCCGAGGUGAUGUGCAGCCUUUCAUCGCACUUGGCAACGAGCUCCAGCGCCAUGGACAUCGCGUACGAAUUGCCACUCACAACGUCUUUGAGAAAUUUGUGCGCGAUUCAGAUCUGGAAUUCUAUCCUAUCGGCGGAGAUCCCUCUGAGCUGAUGGCGUAUAUGGUCAAGAACCCGGGCUUGAUACCUCAGAUGAACUCCUUACGUGCCGGCGACAUCCAGCGUAAGCGAGUAAUGGUGGCUGAAAUGCUACAGGGAUGCUGGGAGUCCUGUAUAGAGGAUGACCCAGUAGCAAAAACCCCAUUUGUGGCCGAUGCGAUCAUCGCCAAUCCCCCGAGUUUUGCCCACAUUCAUUGUGCCCAGGCGUUAGGCAUCCCUUUACAUUUGAUGUUUACAAUGCCAUGGACUAGCACACGGUCAUUUCCACACCCUCUGGCCAAUUUGAAAUACUCCACUACAGAGCCAAAAAUGGCUAAUUAUCUAUCUUACGGAAUUGUCGAGUGGCUGACAUGGCAAGGCCUUGGCGAUGUGAUUAAUGAGUGGAGAGUAUCUAUUGACCUCGAACCUGUCCCUGUCACGGAAGGUCCCCGGCUAGCGGAGACUUUGAAGAUACCAUUUACCUACUGCUGGUCACCAACAUUGAUGCCAAAACCAGCAGACUGGCCGGCCCAUCUAGAUGUCUGCGGAUUCUUCUUCCGAUCUCCUCCGGACUUCUCACCACCCUCUGACCUCCAUUCGUUUCUUCAAAAUGGCCCCCCGCCUAUCUACAUCGGUUUUGGCAGUAUAGUGAUUGAGGACCCCCCUGCAAUGACAGCAACACUUAUCAAAGCCAUAAAGUCCUGGGGUGGCCGUGCCCUUAUAUCUCGAGGUUGGAGCAAUCUUGGAGAUGCACAGUCAGACGAUCAAAUAUUCUAUCUUGGAGACUGUCCACAUGAAUGGCUGUUCCAGCAUGUUGCCGCUGUGGUACACCAUGGUGGAGCUGGUACAACAGCAUGCGGUCUACGUUUUGGGAAGCCGACUAUGAUUGUGCCGUUUUUUGGAGAUCAGCUCUUCUGGGGAAACAUGGUUGCAUCCUGCGGCAUAGGACCUAAACCAAUCCCCCAUCGUGAAUUGACUGCGGAUAACCUGGCGGAGGCGAUUCGCUUCUGCCUCGAGCCUAGUACACUAAGUGCCGCCGAAGACGUUGCUAUCAGAAUGAGCGAAGAAUCUGGAGUGACUGCAGCAGUAUCAUCUUUCCAUCGAAACUUGCCUAUAGACCAGAUGCAAUGUCGCUUCUUUGGAUCUGAGCCGGCUGCGUGGAAACUAAAACUGCAAAACUCGAAUGUUUCUGUUUUUCUGUCCAAGAUGGCCGCCGGGAUAUUGGUUGAAAACUCACGCAUCGACGCAAGGGACUUGAGCUUCCAUGAAAGUCGGCCCAUGUUCAUACAAACACGGAGGUGGGAUCCUAUCACGGGCGGUGCAUCUUCCCUACUAGGAAUGUAUAAAGACGUCCUCACAGCAUCGAGCGAUGUAGUGAUACAGCCAUACAAAGAGUUCAAACGCGCUCAAUCAGGAGAAGGGGAACUUCGAGUCAUCGAGCCUACGAAUCGGAAAUCCAGCGAUGCAUCCUCAAGUGGACUCUCCCGAGCAUCCACCAACGAAAAAAGAGACGCGCAAUGGAAGGUAACAAGUACAGCAGUGGGAAGCUCUGCCAAAAGUGUGGGCAAGAUCAUCGGCUAUUACUACAAGGGCGUGUUGGUCGAUAUCCCCAUGGCUGUGAAUGAAGGCCUCAGAGCAGUACCACGCAUGUAUGGCGAGGAAGUCAAGAGCUACGAUAACAUCACAGACUUCAAAUCAGGAGCCGCUGCUGCCAGAGAGAACUUCACCGACGGAAUGGCAGGCGUGAGCGAAAUACUUAAGCAGCCCUACAAAGGAGUUCAAGAGGAUGGAUUUAGAGGGAUGGUCAAGGGAUUUGUGAAAGGGCCCCUUAGCAUGGGCACGAAGGCAUCAUCAGCGGCGCUGGGACUAGUAGCUUACCCAGGACAGGGAUUGGCCAAGAGUAUUCACACCGCUAUGCAUGGCAAGACUCGGAAGCUGGUCGGCAAGGCGCGUCUAAAAGAAGGUCAACAUUUAGCAGUCCAAUCGCCCAAGGCCUGGUCAAAUUGCCCUGCUGUUCUGGAAGCAUUCGAAACCCAGCAGCGGAAUCCUGGAGCUGAGAUCUCGGGAUUCGAGCGAAUCCAAGACUAG